AUGCUCUCGUCGCCCACUAUGAUUCUCCAGCCUUAUGGACUGCCUGUCUACCAACAGACACCCACAUGCUACCCCGGCAUGGUUCAGGGAGGUGCCACCCAGGAGGCCGGCCCAGGCAGCGGCGACCCCGCCCUGUCUCAGGUCUACGCCCAGCCUCCCUCUUACCCCCCACCGGGUCAAGGUCCGCCAACCUCUGCAGGCAGACUGCCACCUCUGGACUUCACCUCUGUCCAUGCCGGCACAGAGUAUGCAGAGCAUCACCAACUCAGAAUCUAUCAGGGCCCUCAGCUGGAAGGCGCCGAGGCCCUGACAUCCGGAUCCGCGGAGGACGCUUUGGUACCUGUGACCUCUGACCCCCAGUGUCUGAGUGUGUCCGUGUCAUCGGGAGGGGGUGCAGGAAGUGGAAGUGACGAGGAGGGGUCAGGUAAGGCCCAACCCAAACGCCUCCACGUCUCCAACAUCCCGUUCCGCUUCAGAGACCCAGACCUCCGCCAGAUGUUUGGGCAAUUUGGCAAGAUCCUUGAUGUGGAAAUCAUCUUCAAUGAGAGGGGGUCCAAGGGCUUUGGAUUCGUCACCUUCGAGAGCGCGGCUGAGGCGGACCGAGCCCGAGAAAAGCUAAACGGAACAAUCGUGGAAGGGAGAAAGAUUGAGGUUAACAAUGCCACUGCAAGAGUAGUGACCAAGAAGCCACAGACGCCUCUGGUGAACGGGGAAAUUUCAACUUCUGGAUGGAAGAUCAACCCAGUCAUGGGAGCAAUGUAUGCACCUGAGCUCUAUACAGUUGCCGGUUUCCCGUACCCUGUAGCGGCUCCAGCCUUGGCCUACCGCGGCUCUGCCCUGCGUGGUCGAGGUCGAGCCGUCUACAACACGAUUCGCUCUGCAGCUGCAGCCACACCCACUGCUGCUGUCCCCGCCUACCCUGGGGUUGUAUACCAGGAAGGCUUGUAUGGACCAGAGGUCUAUGGUGGAUAUCCAGCAGCGUAUAGAAUGGCGCAAUCAGCAUCUCCUGCCACAGCGACCUACAGUGAUGGAUAUGGACGGGUGUUCACCACAGCCGCAGACCCCUAUCACCACACAGUCGGACCAACGACGACAUAUGGAGUCGGAACAAUGGCCAGUUUGUACAGAGGAGGAUACAACCGCUUCACCCCAUACUGA